UCCCCAGCGCCUUCACGAGUCACAAAGAACUCGCGCGGCGCGGCCAUUGUCUUGGGAGCGACCGAGCUGCGAGGCGCCGACGGUUGAGGCAGCGCGGGGGGUGGGUGAGCGGACGGACGGCGAUGGGCAACUGCCAGGCGGCGGAGGCGGCGGCCGUGGUGGUCCAGCACCCGGGCGGCAAGGUCGAGCGCCUGUACGGGCCGGCCACCGCCGCCGACGUCAUGCGGAGCAACCCGGGGCACUACGUCGCGCUCGUCGUCCUCCGCGUCUCCGGCCCCUACGCCGACGCCAAGACCGGCACCGCGGCGGUCGGCGGCGGCGCCAAGAUCACGAAGGUGAAGCUCCUCAAGCCCAAGGACACCCUACUCCUCGGAAAGGUCUAUCGGCUCAUCACCUCCCAAGAGGUGGCCAAGGCGAUACAGGCGAGGAGGCAGGAAAAGAUGCGGCGGUGCGAGGAGGUGAUGGACGACCGGCGGCGGCGGCAGUCGCAGCCGGGACAUGCCGGCGCUGCGGGCUGCGAAAAGCUGGGGCAGUCCACCGAUCAGGAACGGAAGCAGCCGGAGAAAGACCGGCACAGGAGUGGCACCGCCAGCGGCGGCGGGAGAGGGCGGCACUGGCGGCCGUCGCUGCAGAGCAUCUCCGAGUCGGCGAGCUGAUGGCCGGCCCCGGUCUCGACGCUGCUCUGCAACUUCGACCAGUAGUCUAGCAGUAUAGAAGAAGGCUUGGAGCUAGGAGGUGUAGAUGUACAUUGGGGUGAGAGACUGCGAGAGGAGCGAUGAGAUGGCAAGAAUCGCUCCGUGUAGUUGGCAUAGUGAUGAAACAGUGAAGCAGCUCUGCAAGAACAAUCUUUACCUGUU